CUUGUUUUCAAUAGUUACGAUGCUGACAAUUUUGUGCCCAGUACUGGCCUUGUGCACGAUCUUCGUCAAUGUAAAAGGAAAACAUACAUGUCUUGCACCCAAAGAGAAAACAAUUAUUAAAACCAUUAGAAACAGUAUGCAACAACUUAAUUCUCAGAUCACUGGAUUAGAAGACAGCCUAAAACUCACAGUCAUAGAAACGAGUGGAUGUCAGAAAGGAUGGACGAGAUAUAGAAAUCACUGCUAUUACUUCGGCUUAAAUAAACUUGACUGGUUUGAGGCACAGCGAUAUUGUUAUAAACACGGAAGUACAUUGGCGAAGAUUGAUGACGCUACUGAGAAUGCAUGGAUAUCUGCAAAAACAAACGGUAUAUAA